AUGAUUUUCUACAAAAUUUUAGCAAUUCCUCUAUUGCUUUGUUUGCAUCUGGCAACCGUGGCCAGAGCUACCAUUACAUACACAGGCGAUUCUGUCAUACAAGGUUCGACGUAUUACUUUGAGCCUGUUUAUGUGGAAUCUACAUCUAUUAUUGUCAUCAAGUCUGGUUUGUUUCACUAUUUCUGGAGUACAUUAAGGGUCUAUGGUAGUCUUUAUAUUUGCGAGACUAGUAGUUUAGAUCUUGGUAUGACGAUCAGUCUCAAAAGUGACUAUUACAAUUAUGGGAAUACUGUAAUCGAUGACACCAGCGGUCUUUCAGGCGGUUCCGUGACCUUUUCCGGUACCAAUUGGGAGAAUUACGGGAACGUGUGGUUUGCAGGUAAAUAUACUUUGGUAGGCUCAGUCAGUUUUGAAAUUUCUAGUUCAAAUAUACUUAACAGCGGACUUUUAUCCGUAUCACAGGCAAGCUAUAGUUCGGGUGCUGUAUUUAACUUGGGUUCAUCAUCUUCAACGUUGGAGAAUAAUGGAACAAUUUGUGCUACUCAGCUUACACUUUCUCCGGAAACUACUAUACAAGGUAGCGGCUGCAUCACACUUAAUAAUGAUGCUGUUCUAAGUAUAAGCAACAUCAAAUCAUAUCCGUUGACAAAUCAAACCAUUUACAUGAAGAAUUCAACAUCUAGUAUCUACAUCACUCAUAGAUCGACCACCCAAAGCUUAGUGGUUCGGGGUUUUGGUGAUAGCAACACCAUUCAGUUAAGUACUUCCAUCGACUCGUAUUCGUAUGACUCAUCUAGUGGUAUACUUGAGGUUAUAUCAACUUCGCUACUCACGACGCUGACCCUUAACAUAGAUAUAGGAACUGGAUACAAUUUGAAUUAUCUUUCCACAUCAGCUAGUGGUCUUCUUACUGGCAAAGAUACAAUAAGUUACUCUGCCGCAGCUCCUGAUACCUCCGUUCCAAGUAGCUGUACCGAAUGCACCGAAAUACCAUCAUGCGACUCUAUUGAUUAUUCGUCGUAUAGCACGUUGUCAAAUACAUUCACUGCAUCCGAUGAUGGAAGCUCUACAACAUACGAUCUGUCUUCCUCCACUUAUUAUUCUAGUUCAUUGCAAGAAACCUACACCACCGAUAUCUCGACAUUCAGUUCUCCAAACUCUACAAUGUCUGCAUCUUCCUCCUACAGCGACAUAUCUAGCUGGUUGGAACAGUCCUACAGUAGCAGCAGUUCUAUUUACACUACUAAAUCCUCUUCUGUGAGUGAAUCAAAAUCCACUACUACCAUCACUUCGGGCUCUACUACUUACACUGCGGUCAUCUCUGAUUACACAACCACUGACUCUGCUGGAUCUACGUACACUACUCAAUCCACCAUCACCACAGAUGAUGUAGAUGUUGGAUCUACGUACACUACUCAAUCCACCAUCACCACAGAUGAUGUAGAUGCCAUGUCCAAGUACACUACUACCAUCACUUCGGGCUCUUCCACUUACACUGCGGUCAUCUCUGAUUACACAACCACUGACUCUGCUGGAUCUACAUACACUACUCAAUCUACCAUCACCACAGAUGAUGUAGAUGCUGAGUCCAAGUACACUACUACCAUCACUUCGGGCUCUUCCACUUACACUGCGGUCAUCUCUGAUUACACAACCACUGACUCUGCUGGAUCUACGUACACUACUCAAUCCACCAUCACUACAGAUGAUGUAGAUGCUGAGUCCAAGUACACUACUACCAUCACUUCGGGCUCUUCCACUUACACUGCGGUCAUCUCUGAUUACACAACCACUGACUCUGCUGGAUCUACGUACACUACUCAAUCCACCAUCACCACAGAUGAUGUAGAUGCUGAGUCCAAGUACACUACUACCAUCACUUCGGGGUCUACUACUUACACUGCGGUCAUCUCUGAUUACACAACCACUGACUCUGCUGGAUCUACGUACACUACUCAAUCCACCAUCACUACAGAUGAUGUAGAUGCUGAGUCCAAGUACACUACUACCAUCACUUCGGGUUCUACUACUUACACUGCGGUCAUCUCUGAUUACACAACCACUGACUCUGCUGGAUCUACGUACACUACUCAAUCCACCAUCACCACAGAUGAUGUAGAUGUUGGAUCUACGUACACUACUCAAUCCACUAUCACCACAGAUGAUGUAGAUGCCAUGUCCAAGUACACUACUACCAUCACUUCGGGCUCUUCCACUUACACUGCGGUCAUCUCUGAUUACACAACCACUGACUCUGCUGGAUCUACGUACACUACUCAAUCCACCAUCACCACAGAUGAUGUAGAUGCUGAGUCCAAGUACACUACUACCAUCACUUCGGGCUCUUCCACUUACACUGCGGUCAUCUCUGAUUACACAACCACUGACUCUGCUGGAUCUACGUACACUACUCAAUCCACCAUCACCACAGAUGAUGUAGAUGCUGAGUCCAAGUACACUACUACCAUCACUUCGGGCUCUUCCACUUACACUGCCACAGUCUCUGAUUACACAACGACUGACUCCGCUGGAUCUACUUACACUACGCAAUCUACCAUCACCACAGAUGAUGUCGAUGCUGAGUCCAAGUACACUACUACCGUCACUUCGGGCUCUUCCACUUACACUGCCACAGUCUCUGAUUACACAACCACUGACUCUGCUGGAUCUACGUACACUACGCAAUCUACCGUCACCACAGAUGAUGUAGAUGCUGAGUCCAAGUACACUACUACCAUCACUUCGGGCUCUUCCACUUACACUGCGGUCAUCUCUGAUUACACAACCACUGACUCUGCUGGAUCUACGUACACUACUCAAUCCACCAUCACUACAGAUGAUGUAGAUGCUGAGUCCAAGUACACUACUACCAUCACUUCGGGUUCUACUACUUACACUGCGGUCAUCUCUGAUUACACAACCACUGACUCUGCUGGUUCGUUUUACACAACUGCAUCAACCGUGAUUAUUGAAGAAAUUGAGUCGGGAAUCGGAAAUGAAGUCGUUUAUGGCUCUUACGCUACUACGCCUACAAUUGCUACCUCUACAAAGGCUCUUUCUGUUAUUACGAAAGAUCAGGCAACAUCUACUUCUGCAACCCCUGGUAAUACGGCCACCUUUACUUCUUACGAAGGAUCUGGUAAUUCCUUGAAGGGAUUUUCAUUAAACCGCUAUUUCACUAUUGUGGUGGUUUCUUUAUUAAAUUUUUUCCUAAUUUAA